AUGUCAUCUUCAGAUAUUUUUGAUGUUCUAAACAUUAAACAGAAAUCUAAAAGUCCGGCUAAUGGCCCGACUUCGGUGCCCUCGUCCUCGGCAGCCAAUCGAUUCAAACCUCAGGUGACUGGUAUGCAAAGAGAACUAUUUAACUUGCUGGGGGAAAAUCAACCUCCAGUUGUUAUUCAGUCAGGAAAUAACUUCAAGGAAAAAAUGCUUUCGACAUCAAGACCAUCUCCCUGGUCAUUUGUAGAGUUUAAGGCUAAUCCCUUCGUUACUCUGCGCCAUUGGGUCAAGGGUUCUAAAGAAUUGGUAGGAGAUGAGCUGAAGGAAUCGCCAUAUUCUAAAUUUAAUCAGCACUUAUCUAUCCCAUCUUUCACCGAAGAAGAGUACACGACCUUCAUGCAUGACACAGAAAAUCAAGAAAAAGUGCAAAACGAUAAAAACCCCAAUGACAGCACUGAAAUUGGAAAGAAGAACGAUAAUGAAAACUGGUCCUUUGAGGAAAUAAACUAUUUAUUUGAACUCUGUCGAAAGUAUGAUUUACGUUGGUUCUUAAUUUUCGACAGAUAUAACUAUAAUAAAUCACGAACACUUGAAGACCUUAAGGAAGAAUUUUACCGCAUCUGUAGAAAUUACUUCAAAGCAAACAACCCUAGCCAUCCACUCCUAUCUUCGUUGAACUUCUCGGCUGAAAAGGAAAUAGAAAGAAAAAAGUAUCUACAACGUCUACUUUCUCGUUCUGCAGCCGAAAUUGCUGAAGAGGAGGCACUGAUAGUUGAGUCGAAGAAAUUCGAAAUGGCUGCUAAGAGAACACUAGCAGAAAGGGAAUCAUUACUAAGACUAUUGGAUUCUCCUCAUUCAGAUCAGUCAAUUACACAAUAUCUCACAUCUCAGGGGAUGUCACAGCUGUACAGCACGCUUUUAGCAGACAAAACUAGGAAACGUAAGCACGAUCCAAACAUUCCUGAAAAUCCUUGGAUGAAGCAGCAACAGCAGUUUGCUCAACAUAGACAACUUCAACAAAUGAAUGUGAAAAAGCCGGAAGUCAAAGAAAGUCCUUCGCCCAAGAAGACAAAAAGACAGAGACAAGAGAUGCAAACUGCACUCAAAAGAAGAUCUGAGAGUGCGUACGCUGAACUAUUAUUGAAGGAUUUUAAUUCCAAAGAAAGGAAAGCGUUGGGCGUAAUAACACACGGUGAAAAACUAUCGCCAGGAGUUUAUUUAAGAUCAACAAAGCUAUCGAGCUUUAAACCAGCGCUACAAAACAAAAUUUUUGCUGUUCUUCAAGAACUUUCUUUACCCUCUCGUCCUGUGAUGCCAUCAAACGACGUAAUGGAAAGACAAGAAGAGCUUGUAAAAAAAAUCAAUACCCUUAUCGAUUUAAAAAAACAUGUCGAUAAAUACGAAGCCGGUAUGUCUAUUACGAAGUGA